GCCCUCAGGAUGUUGGGUCAGAACUUCUCCCACAGCAGCUUCGUGUUCAGAGGGUUUCCUGAGCUGCAGAAGCACCGGCGGCUGCUGGCGCUGCCAUUCUCUGCAUCCUACCUGCUGGUGCUGCUGGGGAACUCUCUGGUGGUCUACGUGAUCCGCAGCGUGGCCGGUCUGCACAGCCCCAUGUACCUGCUGGUCUGCCUGCUGUGUGUGGUCGACGUCCUGGUGGUCACCACCAUCGUUCCCAACAUGCUGCUGGGCUUCCUGUUUGACUGGGACCACAUCUCGCUGGCUGGCUGCCUGACUCAGAUGUUCUUCACCCACUUCCUGUCCUCAGUCGAGUCCACGCUGCUGCUGGCCAUGGCAUUGGACCGCUACGUCGCCAUCUGCAAGCCGCUGCGCUACGCUGAGAUCAUCGACUUGUCCAUGCUGGCGAAGCUGCUGCUGUUCACGCUGCUGCGCAGCGUCUCCAUCAUGGCCACGCUGGUGGGUCUGGCAGGUUCUCUGAGGUUCUGCAGCUCCAACGUCAUCCGACACUGCUACUGCGACCACAUGGCACUGGUCAGCCUGGCCUGCAGCAGCACCAGCAGGAACAGCGCCGCAGGCCUCGCCGUUAUCAUCUGCUUCGUAGGUGUGGACAUACCGCUCAUCUUCUUCUCCUACAUGAAGAUCAUCAGUGUCGUGUUGCGAGCAGCAGCCGGCGAAGAACGUCGGAAGGCCUUCCACACCUGUGGGACUCACCUGAUGGUGAUGAUGUGUUUCUACCUUGUGGGCAGCGUCAGCUUCCUGUCUCACAACCUGAACAUCCCCAUACCCACCGAUGCCAACUCCUUCAUGGGCCUCAUGUACAUCCUGCUCCCAGCGACGGUCAACCCCAUCAUCUAUGGCGUCCGGACCAAAGAGAUCCGCAACGGCUUCCUGAGGAUCAUUAAUCUGAGAGCAAAAACAAUCAUGUCUGUGAAGGUUUGUCCUACUGGAAAACCACAAACACGACGUCCACCAGCGGAGAUAAACUCAGAGAGAACCAAAUAAACCCUGUCGGCGCAGUAGGUCUGAGGUUUACUGUGUUACAGCCCUAACUCUAACCCACCCCACCUCUAACCUAACCCUAACCCACUCCACCCUAACCUAACCCAGUUCCUCCAGGAUUUUGCGGGCGUUUUUCGGUGCUCCCGAAAAUGCCUGAAUUCGCUGAAUUGCGAAAAAAGUUGCGAUGUUUUAAGCUUAUUUGUUGUGAU